UUUGCCUGAAAUGCUAUUGAUUCAAUAUUGUUGACACCAGCUGAAUAGGGUCUCUGUUAACAGGAUUUUAUACAGUGUAACAAAAUUUUCUUGUUCUGAGUAUAGAUAGGAGCUUCCCAUUAAAAAGGGCAGAGUGAUUUGAAAGCUGGUCGGUAUAGCUCAAAGAUCCUAGGAACUGAAGCUGAGGCAUUCAAUGCAGGAAACAGACUGCAGAGAGAAAGAAGAGAUGCAGAAUCUGUGUGCUACAAAUGGGGGAACAGAGCAGUGCUGUGGUGAUCACAGACGGAGACUGGAGUUGUUCUGCCAGGAGGAUGAGGCCUUUAUUUGUGUCCUGUGUGUGCCCAGGCAUUCAUGUCACAGUUUUGUGUUCCUGCAUGACGCAGUCAGCGUGUAUAAGGACAAGCUGAAAACAUCUUUAUCAUCCCUGGAACUAAAAGUCAGAGAUUUUAAAGAUUUACAAACCAAGAAUGAGACUGAAUUCCUGGAGAUACAAGAACAUGCUGUUAAUUUGGAAAAAUACAUUGCAGAAGAGUUUGUAAAACUGCACCAGUUUCUCCAUGACAAGGAAAAAAAACUCAUUUAUCAACUUAACAUCAAGGCAGAAAUUCUGAAAGAGCUAGAAGAAAAUCUUGAAUGCAUUAAGACUGGUGUUAUAGAAAUCCUCCCAGCAGUGCCUGAUACUAACUUGGAAAUCAAAAAAGAAGUAGACAUUCUGGAAGAGAGAGAUGAUGACACAGACUAUCUGACAACCACUGAGGAAUCAGUGUCAGGUGACACCUCAGAACAUGGAAAACACAAAGCUAAUGGAGUUCUAUCAGCUCCAGAAUCCUUUGAGGAUGUUGCUGUUACUUUCUCAGCAGAGGAGAUGAAGAUGUUAACAAAACAAGACAAGGAGCUUCAUAAGGAAGUGAUGUUAGAGAACUAUGAAACCUUAGUUUCAGCAGGUUACAAGAUCCCCCCAGAGGCAUUGUUAGUGCUACUUAAAGAAGAUAACGCUGAACUGCAAGUGAAUGACAAGGAGGGGAUAAACAGAACAGAACACAAGAAUAAUUUUAAAGAAAAGCCCAACAGCAAUGGGAGCAGAGAAUGGAGCAUUUCCCGGAGUCAGCAGCCAUCACUUGGAGUAUCUAUAUUACAUUAUCCUACAGAGAACCUGCAGCACUCUGCUCAAACUGUGAAGGGCCCCUGCAAGCAUCCUGUUAAACCUGUAGCACAGCUUCAUCCAGGAUACACCUGCAACGUGAAGUCUGAAUGUGACCCAAGUUCUAUAGUACAGCAAAAUUCAUUAGUACACCGGAGAGCUCACAAAGAAAAGAAACCAUAUAAAUGUCCUGAAUGUAAUAAGUGUUUCAGAAAAAAGGGGAUUCUAAUAAUACAUGAAAGGACUCACAUGGCAGAGAAACCAUAUAAAUGUGCUGAAUGCAGUAAGGGUUUCACAACGUCUCGUACCCUUAGAAUUCAUCUGUCAGUUCACAGUGGGGAGAGACCGUAUAGAUGCCCUGAAUGCAGUAAGUGUUUCAGGCAAAAAGGGGGUCUAGUAAUACAUGAAAAGAUUCACACUGGGGAGAGACCAUAUAAAUGUCCUGAAUGCAAUAAGUGUUUCAUACAAAGGAGUGUUCUAGUACAACAUGAAAGGACUCACAGUGGGGAGAAACCAUAUAAAUGUCCUGAAUGCAGUAAGGGUUUCACAACAACUAGUAACCUUAGAAUGCAUCUGUCAGUUCAUAGUGGGGAGAAACCAUAUAAAUGUCCUGAUUGCAAUAAGUGUUUCAGACGAAGGGGGAAUUUAGCAAUACAUAGAAGGAUUCACACUGGGGAGAGACCAUAUAAAUGUGCUAAAUGCAAUAGGUUUUUCAGACACAGGAGUGUUGUAGUAAGACAUGAAAGGACUCACAUAGGAUAAAGUUCUACCACAAGAGCACAGGGUAGUGAGGUGAAGGAAGGGGAGAAAUCCAAUACCAUCAUGGAAGUA